UCUUGGAGCAAGCUGGCACAAGAAUCUCCUUCGGGAUUAAUAAAGUCUUAUCUCAUCUUAUCUUAUCUUAUCUUACAUGUCCACACACUCAGUUCAGAGCAGGGCUUCUCGCGGAUCUUCUCGCGAUAUCACAUGUACUCUCGCGAUAACACAGUGACAACACGGGCUUGGAGAAGGAGAUGGAGAGAGAUGCGGUCUGAAAAGGACCAGAUGACGGUGGGCAAGGACAAAAGUGUGGUGGAGAUUCAGUUCAGGGACAUCCCGAGGGACCAGGAGAACUGUGCCGGGGGCAACAGGCAGAAGGAGGAGAAGAAGGAGGUGUUCACGAAGGUGGUGAUUCGAAGGCUCCCACCCAACCUGUCAAAAGAUCAACUAGAAGAACAGCUCAGUCCGCUGCCAUCCUACGACUAUUUUGAGUUCUUCCCAGCUGAUCAAAGUCUCUAUCCUCAUCUGUUCUCCAGAGCAUAUAUCAAUUUCAAAAAUCCUGAAGAUAUCCUGCUGUUCAGAGACCGAUUUGACGGCUAUGUCUUCAUUGACAACAAAGGCCAGGAGUAUCCUGCGGUCGUAGAGUUUGCCCCCUUCCAGAAGAUUUCCAAGAAGAAACUGAAAAAGAAAGAUGCCAAAGCUGGAAGCAUUGAAGAAGAUCCAGAAUACAAGCGGUUCUUGGAGAAUUACUCCUGUGAUGAGGAGAAGUCUAUGGCCAACCCUGAGACUCUGCUGGGAGAGAUAGAGGCCAAGACCAGAGAGCUCAUAGCCAAGCGGACGACGCCUCUGCUAGAGUACAUCAAGAAUAAGAAAAUUGAGAAACAGAGAAUAAGAGAGGAGAAGAGAGAGGAGAGGAGGAGAAGAGAGCUCGAAAAGAAACGGCAAAGGGAGGAGGAGAAGAGAAAGCGGCGAGAGGAGGAGAGACGUAAACGAAAAGAGGCAGAGAAGCAGAAGAAAUUGUCCGAUAAAGACAUCAAAAUCAAGCUCCUGAAGAAGAGUGACAGAGACGACGAUGUGGAUUCGGACAGAAUGAAAGACAAGAGUGACACCGGGGAAACAGACAGGGGGAAAUGGGAGAAAGCCGGAGGACAAAUGAAGUCAAAGGACCCCAAAGAAAAAGGUCAGCCUGAGAGCGACAAGGAGCAGAGAGAGCAGCAGCACGGACGGCGGCAGCGAGACAAGGACCAUCGAGGGAAAGAUGACGAGAGGAAACGACAGCGGCACCACUACGAGUUUGACAAAUUUAUGCGCCGCAAAGAUGAGACCAAGUGGGGGAAGGGCUACUGCCAAGAUCGGGCCAAGAAAGAGGGGCACCAUCAUGGUUUCUCUUACUGUGCAGAUGGCGUGGACAAGCUGGGAAAGGAGGAUAGGGAGGAGCUGGGUAAUCGGAAGGAACGCCUCCGAAACAAGGUGAGCGAGAAGGACCGUCCCGCCAUGCAGCUCUAUCAGCCGGGCGCGCGCAACCGCAAGCGCAUGAGCUCCGGGUGCAAAGGCUACGACUGCAUCCCCGUGGGCCCCUCGCCUGAACCCGGGUCAGAUCACUGCUUCGAGGUGGUCACUGCGGCCACGGGGCUGGAGAAGGGGCUGGAGAAAAGCAAAGAUGAGCAGUGAGCGGUCUGGACGUUCAGAGGAAGUCCGUUAUUCAGCUGUUCGGGUUGAUGGUGACAGGUUUGAUUGAGGGAGGAAGCACUUAAAAAGCAAACAAGUCAUUUUCAACAGUGUUUGUUGUAGUAAAGAUGAGUGUGAAUGUUGCUCCAUGUUUUUAUUUUACUGGAACACGAACAUUUGUAUGUUAAAUCUUUAGAAUACACAGUUUUAAAAUGCUGUGAGAAAGGUACAAACAAUCAUGUGUGAUGGCACAACAGUUGACUUGAUUUGGUCAUCUUGAUCGUCGUGCAAAUGCUCGAGAUGGAUUUUUUCAAUCCCCCUGAUCGCUAGUUUCCUGUUUCAUCAAACCUUUGUCACAUGGGGUCCAGUGUUCAUCCUGUUUUUGAUGUGUCCCUGUGAGAGAAGCUCACUCGUGGUGUCCAUCAACAGUUUGCUGGUGAAUGAUCCCGAUCCCAUCCCCCUGCAACACAACCUGUUACCCAAUCUUUGUAGAGUCUCCCGAAACUGGUUCUUUAUGAUGAUGUUAUUUAUUAAAAAUGAAAUAUAAUGUAAGUAGAACUUACAGAGGAUGGAUGUAGAUAAUUGAACAUGGGGGAAUUCUGUCUGUAAAGGUGAAUGACUGAGAGAGUUAUUAUUUAUUAAGAGGACAAUGGCGACAUAUUUUCCCACUUUUUAUUUGUAUUUCUCUUUGUCUUAUUACAGUGGGUCUGUCAUAUUCUAAUCAGGUGUCAUUCACCAUAAACAACAAUUUGUUUUGUCAGCUUUGUACAUGAGCCAUGAAGAACACGUUCUCUACAUUUCUAUGAAGCAUUUAUUGGAAAUCAAAUGGAGGAUUGAGGACAUAGAAGUGGAAACAAUGACUUUUUUAUGCUUUUGCAUGGUUUUCUAUUCUGUCAAUUAAAUGCAAAAAUAUUGAUAAAGUAAUGUAAUAGUUAACAAGGCUUUUAUUAUUUUUGCAUAUGCCCUGACAUUUGUCUAUCAUACCUCUUGUAUCAUGUUUUUCUCCUUACAAUGUGAGAAAAUAAAGCUCUUCUACUGUUG